AAAAAAGUACAAAUUUCAAAGUAUUUUUUAUUCGAAAACAAUCGACAACCAUCACCACCGCAGACUGUCAUGAGAAUUCUGUUACAAAUUAUUUCAUUCAUUUUCUUAGGAAAUUUAGAAAAACACACUAAAUCAUUCAGUAUAUUCAUUUAAUUACAGUUAUUGGCAAUAAUAACAAAAACUAAAUUUAAAGUAUAAGAACAACGAAAGAGAGGGAGAGAAGCGUAAAAAUUUGCAAUGAUUCGCAAUCGUCGAAAACCGAAGCGCAGGAAUCACGUUGCUGCUCCUCGUGGCCGCCGUAAGGUAAUGAGCAAACGUAGUCGCGAACGUAGAAAAAUCGAACGGGAACAAGAAAGACUACGUAAAAUGUCAUUGAAAUUUGGUAAAACAAUAGCGCCGAAUUUCGGACGUGUUCUUGAGAAUAGUAAACGUCAGCUAACACGACAUCCUUACAUGAAUUUUUUGCGAGAUUUCAAACACAGACAUCCGCGUUAUGGCCUCACGCGUAUACUGCGUGAAGCCGCGAAAUUGUGGAAGCGUUUGGCACCUGAUGUCAGGGCGAGUUACACGCAACAGCAAGUACUCAAAACGCUGCAGCAUGGCACGAAGUUAGAGAGCCUUUUGAAAAUGGUGCCUUCCUAUCCCAUACUAUUUGACUAUAAUCCCCAAUCGCUUAGCGCCAGACGUAAUAUUGAACGAAAGUUACGAACUCGUCAAAUGACACCAAGGCAUGAUCAGGGCGGUAGAGAAAGGAAACCUGUCAGACCGCAUGUAAGACGAUAUUGAGGUAAAAGUGGACUCUUCGG